CUGAAGCAAGUGGCCAUUGAUAAGGGCCUCUGGGAUGGGGUCGAAGAAUUCAAUUUUGCUAAAGUUUAUGGCACUGGAAGUGCUGAUAACCAAAGAUUUAUUGCCGGAAAAGAAUUACUUUUAAAUCUGACUAAAGAUAAUUGCUUUGAUAUAAACUCUAUGAUUGCGAUACUGAGGGACGAGUCGAGCGGUAUUUGCCGUUCAUGUGAUGAUGCUUUCCCCUCGACGUCCAGUCAAGUUUCCGUCUUAUCUAACACUGAAUCGCGUCCGUCCUGUCACUGGUUUACUGGAACUCCAGAUCCAAAGCAUUCGGUAUUCAAGCCGUUCGUAUUCUGCGAGAACUUCGAGAUCACUGCAAACAUAGUCUCCCCGACAAUACCUGACGAUCCCGUCAAGACUAUCCCUCGCUUUCAACGGCAAGUCGAUAGAAGGCAUACACUCUAUAAAAUGCAUCAAAACUUUUAUCCAAAACUCACUCAAACU